AUGGGGAAGGACAAAGCGGACAAGAAUCCGAGCAAAAGGCUGAGAGAAAAUGGCUCGCAAACGGAUGAAGAUGAUGAACAUGUGGGCGUCGGUGGAGUAAUGUCAGCACGCCUUGAGGAAAUGAACACUAAACUAGAUCAAGUUUUAACAGCGUGUGGUGAAAUUGCACUACUAAAAGAUGAAAUACGCAAGCUGAGAGAUGAAGUAAAGAAUUUAAAACAAUCUUUGCAAUCUGCCGAGGAAGAAAUUGAAAGUCUACAAGAUAGUCAGAAAGAAACUUCUGCACAAGUAAAAGAAAACAAUGAAGACAUUGACUUCUUGUUCGAGGACAUUGGAGCGCUAAGACGCAGAAACAUCAAGUUGGAAGCCUAUACAAGACGUGAGAAUGUAAGAAUUUUCAAUGUCGGGGAAGAAGAGGAUGAAAAUACUGAGGAGCUGGUAAGAAGUGUCUUCGUCGCUAAUUUGAAAAUUCCGGCGGAUAAAAUCAACGAUAUCCGCUUUGAAGCGAGUUCACCGAAUCUCCACCAAUAAUUCUAGUCUAAGAGCUCCGUCCUAUCCCAAACCAAUUAUUGCUCGUUUCAGUCAUUAUCAGGACAAAGAAUAUGUUCGCUCCUUCUAUAAGAACUUAAAAGGAACCAACAUCGGUUUCUCAGAUGAUUUCCCGAAAGAA